CCCCAGAUGUCUGACAAGAUGUCAAGUUUUUUGCACAUUGGAGACAUUUGUUCUUUAUAUGCAGAGGGUUCAACAAAUGGAUUUAUCAGCACUUUGGGACUUGUUGAUGAUCGAUGUGUUGUACAACCAGAAACAGGUGAUCUUAACAGUCCUCCUAAAAAAUUCAGAGAUUGUCUCUUUAAAUUAUGCCCCAUGAAUCGCUAUUCGGCACAGAAGCAGUUCUGGAAAGCUGCUAAACCAGGAGCUAAUAGCACAACUGAUGCUGUGUUGCUCAACAAACUACAUCAUGCUGCAGAUUUGGAAAAAAAGCAGAAUGAGACAGAGAAUAGAAAGCUGCUUGGUACAGUUAUCCAGUAUGGUAAUGUUAUUCAGCUCCUGCAUUUAAAAAGCAACAAAUACUUAACAGUAAAUAAGAGACUUCCAGCUCUGCUAGAGAAGAAUGCUAUGAGAGUGACGCUAGAUGAGGCUGGCAAUGAAGGUUCCUGGUUUUAUAUACAACCAUUCUACAAACUGCGUUCUAUAGGAGAUAGUGUGGUCAUUGGGGACAAGGUAGUCUUAAAUCCUGUUAAUGCUGGGCAGCCCCUGCAUGCCAGUAGCCAUCAACUAGUGGAUAACCCUGGUUGUAAUGAGGUAAAUUCAGUGAACUGCAAUACAAGCUGGAAAAUAGUCCUUUUUAUGAAAUGGAGUGACAAUAAGGAUGAUAUUCUAAAAGGAGGUGAUGUGGUACGGUUAUUCCAUGCAGAGCAGGAAAAAUUUCUUACCUGUGAUGAACAUCGAAAGAAGCAACAUGUUUUUCUGAGAACUACUGGGAGGCAGUCAGCAACUUCUGCAACUAGCUCAAAAGCUCUGUGGGAAGUUGAGGUAGUACAACAUGAUCCUUGCCGUGGUGGUGCAGGCUAUUGGAAUAGCCUUUUUCGGUUCAAGCAUCUUGCUACUGGACAUUAUUUAGCAGCUGAGAUAAAUCUUGACUAUGUGGAAGAUAACCAGGAAUGUCAGUCUUCACUGGAUCCUGACCAAGAUGCAGACAGAAGGGGACUGCAUAAUACUUCAGAGAAGAUGGCAUACUCUUUAGUCUCUGUGCCUGAAGGAAAUGACAUUUCUUCCAUCUUUGAGCUUGAUCCCACCACACUGCGAGGAGGAGACAGCCUAGUCCCAAGGAACUCUUAUGUCAGACUUAGACAUCUAUGUACAAAUACCUGGGUUCACAGCACAAAUAUCCCAAUUGAUAAAGAAGAAGAAAAACCUGUGAUGCUUAAAAUUGGCACCUCUCCUGUAAAAGAGGACAAAGAAGCUUUUGCUGUGGUACCAGUUUCUCCUGCAGAAGUUCGAGACUUGGACUUUGCAAAUGAUGCAAGCAAAGUAUUGGGCUCUAUUGCUGGCAAGUUGGAGAAAGGAACAAUAACUCAGAAUGAAAGGAGAUCGGUUACAAAGUUGCUGGAAGAUUUGGUAUAUUUUGUUACUGGUGGAACAAAUUCGGGUCAAGAUGUACUUGAAGUAAUGUUCUCAAAGCCAAACCGAGAACGGCAAAAACUAAUGAGAGAGCAAAAUAUUCUAAAGCAGAUUUUCAAGUUAUUACAAGCACCAUUUACUGACUGUGGAGAUGGACCAAUGCUGAGAUUGGAAGAACUUGGUGAUCAACGCCAUGCUCCUUUCAGACAUAUCUGCCGGCUCUGUUACAGAGUGUUGAGACACUCCCAACAAGACUACAGGAAAAAUCAGGAAUACAUAGCCAAGCAGUUCGGCUUCAUGCAGAAACAGAUUGGCUAUGAUGUCUUAGCAGAAGAUACAAUAACAGCCUUGCUCCACAAUAAUCGUAAACUGUUGGAGAAACACAUCACAGCUGCUGAGAUUGACACCUUUGUUAGUCUUGUAAGAAAAAACCGAGAGCCCAGGUUCUUGGAUUAUCUUUCAGAUCUUUGUGUGUCCAUGAACAAAUCUAUUCCAGUUACCCAGGAGCUGAUUUGUAAAGCUGUAUUAAAUCCAGCAAAUGCUGACAUACUCAUUGAAACUAAACUGGUCCUGUCUCGGUUUGAGUUUGAGGAGUUAUCCUCUGGAGAGAACUCACUGGAGGUUGGUGAGGAUGAAGAAGAAGUCUGGUUAUUCUGGCGAGACAGCAGCAAAGAGGUCCGCAGUAAGAGUAUCAGAGAGCUGGCACAGGAUGCUAAAGAAGGGCAGAAGGAAGACCGGGAUGUCCUCAGCUACUACAGGUACCAAUUGAAUCUUUUUGCUAGGAUGUGCCUUGAUCGCCAGUACUUAGCUAUAAAUGAAAUAUCUGGACAAUUGGAUGUAGACCUUAUUCUUCGCUGCAUGUCUGAUGAGAAUUUGCCUUAUGAUUUGAGAGCUUCAUUUUGUCGGCUGAUGCUACACAUGCAUGUUGACCGAGAUCCCCAAGAACAAGUGACACCAGUGAAAUAUGCUCGACUAUGGUCAGAGAUACCUUCUGAAAUAGCAAUCAAUGACUAUGAUAGCAGUGGAACUUCCAAAGAUGAAAUCAAGGAGAGGUUUGCACAAACUAUGGACUUUGUUGAAGAAUAUUUAAGAGAUGUUGUUUGCCAAAGAUUCCCAUUUUCUGAUAAAGAAAAAAAUAAGCUCACCUUUGAGGUUGUGAACUUAGCCCGAAAUCUGAUAUAUUUUGGCUUCUAUAAUUUUUGUGAUCUUCUAAGAUUAACAAAAAUUCUCUUAGCUAUUCUGGACUGUGUACAUGUUGCAACUAUCUUCCCUAUUACAAAGGCAGCAAAAGGAGAAGAAAGUAAAGGGAGCAAUGUGAUGAGAUCCAUCCAUGGUGUUGGAGAGCUGAUGACCCAAGUAGUACUUAGAGGUGGUGGGUUCUUGCCUAUGACACCCCUGGCUGCUGCACCGGAAGGUAACGUGAAGCAAGUUGAACCUGAGAAAGAGGACAUCUUGGUAAUGGACACGAAACUGAAAAUAAUUGAAAUACUCCAGUUUAUUUUGAAUGUGAGAUUGGAUUACCGAAUCUCAUGUCUUCUGUGUAUAUUUAAACGCGAAUUUGAUGAAAGCAAUGCCCAGACACCUGAUUCACCUGCAGGGAGCAAUAACCAAGAAAUGCCAAAUGUACCAGGUGCUCUUGACUUUGAAAAUAUUGAAGAACAAGCAGAAGGGAUAUUUGGAGGCAGUGAAGAGAAUACACCACUAGAUUUGGAUGAUCAUGGUGGCAGAACUUUUCUGAGAGUUUUGCUUCAUUUAACAAUGCAUGACUAUCCUCCACUGGUGUCUGGGGCACUUCAGCUGCUCUUCAGACACUUUAGUCAGAGGCAAGAAGUCCUCCAGGCCUUUAAACAGGUUCAACUGCUUGUUACCAGCCAAGAUGUUGACAAUUACAAGCAGAUAAAACAAGAUUUGGAUCAGCUGAGGUCCAUUGUUGAAAAAUCGGAACUCUGGGUAUACAAAGGACAGGGGCCUGAUGAAGCUGUAGAUGUAACAACAGGAGAAAAUGAACAUAAGAAAAAGGAGGAAGGCCACAGCAAAUCGUCUAAACCGGAAAGCACUAGUAGCUAUAAUUAUAGGGUGGUAAAAGAGAUUUUGCUUCGUCUUAGCAAGCUUUGUGUCCAGGAGAGUAUCUUGGUCAGGAAAAGCAGGAAACAGCAGCAGAGGUUACUCCGAAACAUGGGGGCUCAUGCAGUGGUACUGGAACUCUUACAAAUCCCCUAUGAGAAAGCUGAAGAUAUACGCAUGCAGGAGAUCAUGAAACUUGCCCAUGAAUUUCUACAGAACUUCUGUGCUGGCAAUCAGCAAAAUCAGGCUUUGCUGCACAAGCAUAUAAAUCUGUUUCUCAAUCCUGGGAUUCUGGAAGCUGUGACAAUGCAACACAUCUUCAUGAAUAAUUUCCAGCUUUGCAGUGAAAUUAAUGAGCGAGUUGUUCAACACUUUGUGCACUGCAUUGAAACACAUGGAAGGAAUGUCCAGUACAUUAAAUUCCUCCAGACAAUUGUUAAGGCUGAAGGGAAGUUCAUUAAAAAAUGUCAGGAUAUGGUCAUGGCUGAGCUGGUCAAUGCAGGGGAAGAUGUCCUUGUGUUCUACAAUGACAGAGCCUCAUUCCAGACAUUAGUGCAGAUGAUGAGAUCAGAACGGGACAGAAUGGAUGAAAAUAGUGCUCUCAUGUACCAUAUCCACUUAGUAGAAUUACUGGCUGUUUGCACAGAGGGCAAAAAUGUCUACACUGAAAUCAAGUGCAACUCUCUUCUCCCAUUGGAUGACAUUGUUAGAGUUGUAACACAUGAGGAUUGCAUACCUGAGGUGAAAAUAGCCUAUAUUAAUUUUCUAAAUCAUUGCUAUGUCGACACAGAAGUUGAAAUGAAAGAGAUUUAUACAAGCAAUCAUAUGUGGAAACUCUUUGAGAACUUCCUUGUUGAUAUCUGUAGGACUUGCAACAAUACCAGUGACAGGAAGCAUGCAGAUUCUAUACUGGAAAAGUAUGUGACUGAAAUAGUGAUGAGUAUAGUUACUACCUUCUUCAGUUCCCCAUUUUCAGACCAGAGCACAACUUUGCAGACUCGUCAGCCUGUGUUCGUGCAACUUUUACAAGGUGUGUUUCGAGUGUAUCACUGUAACUGGCUCAUGCCCAGUCAAAAAGCAUCAGUGGAAAGUUGUAUCAGAGUACUUUCAGAUGUAGCGAAGAGCAGAGCAAUUGCUAUCCCAGUUGAUCUUGACAGCCAGGUCAAUAACCUCUUCCUGAAGUCUCAUAAUAUCGUACAAAAAACAGCAAUGAACUGGAGGAUGACGGCAAGAAAUGCUGCUCGAAGAGAUUCUGUGAUGGCAGCUUCAAGGGAUUAUCGUAAUAUCAUUGAGCGGUUGCAGGAUAUAGUAUCAGCUUUGGAAGAUCGCUUACGUCCACUUGUCCAAGCUGAAUUGUCUGUAUUGGUGGAUGUCCUUCAUAGACCAGAACUGCUUUUCCCAGAAAAUACAGAUGCAAGAAGGAAAUGUGAAAGUGGAGGUUUUAUUUGCAAGUUAAUAAAACAUACUAAACAGCUGCUGGAAGAGAAUGAGGAGAAACUUUGUAUUAAAGUAUUACAGACACUCAGGGAAAUGAUGACCAAAGAUAGAGGCUAUGGAGAGAAGCUGAUUGCACUUGGUGAAUUGGAUAAUGCUGAGGAGCUUGAUCAAAGUCUACCAGGGAGACAGCUUGAAGAUCAAAAAAGGGGGGAGGCCCUGAGACAGGUUUUGGUAAAUCGUUACUAUGGAAACAUUAGAAGUGGAGGAAGACGAGAGAGCCUCACCAGCUUUGGCAAUGGCCCUCUAUCUCCUGGAGGCCCCAGCAAACCUGGGGGAGCAGGAGGUGGAUCAGGUUCCAGCUCAACAAACCGUGGUGAAAUGAGUUUGACAGAAGUCCAGUGUCACCUGGAUAAGGAAGGAGCAUCCAACCUAGUUAUAGACCUCAUCAUGAAUGCCACUAGUGACAGAGUUUUCCAUGAAAGUAUCCUGUUGGCUAUUGCCCUGCUGGAAGGUGGCAACACAAUUAUACAGCACUCUUUUUUUUGUCGCUUAACGGAAGAUAAGAAAUCAGAAAAAUUCUUCAAAGUUUUUUAUGAUCGUAUGAAAGUUGCUCAGCAAGAAAUCAAGGCCACAGUCACAGUUAACACCAGUGAUUUGGGAAAUAAAAAGAAAGAUGAUGACUCUGACAGAGAGGUUCCAGCAAGGAAAAGAGCAUUAAGGGAACCCCUGACCCAAAUAACAGAGGAAGUGAGAGAUCAGUUGGUUGAGGCCUCUGCUGCUACAAGGAAAGCAUUUAACACCUACAGAAGAGAAGCUGAUCCUGAUGAUCAUUAUUCAGCUGGAGAAGGAACACAGUCUGUGGCAGAUAAAAACAAAGAUGAGCUGGAGAUGAGUCCUGUUAUCACAAUAAUGCAGCCCAUUUUACGUUUCUUGCAGUUGCUGUGUGAAAACCACAAUCGGGAUUUACAGAACUUCUUGCGUUGCCAGAACAACAAGACUAAUUACAACCUAGUAUGUGAGACAUUACAAUUUUUGGAUUGUAUUUGUGGAAGCACAACUGGAGGACUUGGACUUCUUGGGUUGUACAUUAAUGAGAAAAAUGUAGCAUUGAUCAACCAGACUCUGGAAAGUUUGACAGAGUACUGCCAGGGACCAUGUCAUGAAAAUCAGAACUGCAUUGCUACUCAUGAGUCCAAUGGUAUUGAUAUAAUUACAGCAUUAAUUCUCAAUGACAUCAACCCCCUGGGAAAAAAGAGGAUGGAUCUUGUAUUAGAACUGAAGAAUAAUGCCUCUAAGUUACUCUUGGCUAUAAUGGAAAGUAGGCAUGACAGUGAGAAUGCAGAAAGGAUCCUUUAUAACAUGAGACCAAAAGAACUGGUAGAAGUAAUUAAGAAGGCUUAUCUGCAAGGUGAGGUUGAAUUUGAAGAUGGGGAGAAUGGUGAAGAUCUUGCUGCAUCUCCUAGAAAUGUAGGGCACAAUAUUUACAUAUUAGCCCAUCAGCUUGCUCGCCACAACAAAGAACUGCAGAACAUGUUGAAGCCUGGAGGCCAAAUAGACGGAGAUGAAGCUUUGGAAUUCUAUGCCAAGCAUACAGCUCAGAUUGAGAUAGUUAGAUCAGAUCGUACUAUGGAGCAAAUAGUCUUCCCUGUGCCCAGUAUAUGUGAAUUCCUCACCAAGGAAUCCAAACUCCGGGUGUACUACACUACGGAAAGGGAUGAGCAAGGCAGCAAGAUAAAUGACUUCUUCAUGAGAUCUGAGGACCUUUUUAAUGAAAUGAACUGGCAGAAAAAGCUAAGAGCUCAACAUAUAUUAUACUGGUGUUCCCGCAACAUGUCCUUCUGGAGCAGUAUUUCAUUUAAUCUUGCAGUCCUUAUGAAUCUACUGGUAGCAUUCUUCUAUCCAUUUAAAGGAAUCAAAGGAGGUACGCUGGAGCCCCAUUUGUCAGGCUUACUCUGGACAGCCAUGCUGAUAUCGCUCGCCAUCGUUAUCGCUUUACCUAAGCCCCACGGUAUUAGGGCUUUAAUAGCUUCUACAAUAUUGCGAUUAAUAUUUUCUGUAGGUUUACAGCCCACAUUAUUUCUUCUGGGGGCUUUCAAUGUUUGUAACAAAAUUAUAUUUUUGAUGAGUUUUGUUGGUAAUUGUGGAACAUUUACUAGAGGAUACAAAGCCAUGAUCAUGGAUGUAGAGUUUCUUUAUCAUCUACUGUAUCUUCUUAUUUGUGCAAUGGGGCUGUUUGUUCAUGAAUUUUUCUACAGUUUAUUGCUUUUUGACUUGGUGUACAGGGAGGAGACCUUGCUGAAUGUCAUUAAAAGUGUCACUCGCAAUGGACGUUCUAUCAUCUUGACCGCUGUUCUUGCUCUUAUUUUGGUUUACCUGUUCUCAAUAGUAGGAUACCUGUUCUUCAAAGAUGACUUUAUCUUGGAAGUAGAUAAGCUGCCUAAUGAGACAUUAUUGCCAG